AUGUAUGAAUAUGAAUCAUUUGAUAAGCUUCAAAAAUUGAUCCUACAUUAUGCAAGCUUGGAUCAUCAGAUUUCAUAUGCAAUUAGCUGUCAUGUUCAUUUAGGAUUUAAUAUUGCACAAGGAUCAGAUAUUGAAUUGGCCAUUGAAGGAAUUCAUGGAACAUCAGUGGCUCAUUUAGAGUCAGAGCAUCCUAAAGGUAAAAAACAGAACGAAUUUACAUCUGCAAAAUUAGAAAAGUUACAAAAAAAAGAUAUUCAAAAGCCAAAUCCUCAAGUUUCUCAGCAUUCAGUUCCCAAGUCUUCAUAG